AUGACUGAUUAUCAUCUAAAACCAAAUACAAUUUUAAAUACAAGACAUAAUUCAAUAGAUUCUUCAAUAUUAUGUAAUUCAUGUAAUUAUGAUAAUAAUAAUAAUAAUAUUAUCGAUAAUAAAGAUGAUAUACCACUUUAUUAUUCACCAAUAACUAAUUACCAACAAAAUAUAAAAAAUAUACCAACAUUAUAUGAAUUAAUACAUCAACCACAUAAUAUUAAUGAAGAAGAAAAUGAAAUUAGUAUAACUAAUUUUUCAAAUUAUUUAAAAUCAAUACAUUGUCAAGAAAAUUUACAUUUUAUUUUGGAGAUUAAUCAAUUUUUAUCAAUUAUAACAAAUGCAUCAACAUCAACAAAUUCUUUAAUAAUUGAAAAAUGGUCAAUAUUAUAUUAUAAAUAUUUUAAUUCAAAUUCAGAUUAUGAAAUUAAUUUACCACAUAAGAUAACUAGUAAACUAAAUGAAAAUGAAAUUCCAACUCUUCAAAUUUUAAAAAUUUGUAAAACUCAUAUUAUAAAUGAAAUAUUAUCAAAUCUAUAUCAUAAAUAUGUUAAAAAUCAUCAUCAUAAUAAAUUUUGUAAUAAUAAUCAUAAUAAUAUUGAUUAUCAAAAUUCACUUUUAAUAAGAAGAAACUCAGAACAAACUUCAUCAAUUACUAGUAGAAACAACAAUACAAUAACUAAUAAUUCAAACUUUAAAAAUCCAACUGUGAAAAGAUCAAAUACAACACUACCAACAAAAAAUAUAAAAACUCCAAUAACUCCACCAAUUUCACCACCACCAUUACAACAAUCAUCACACUAUACUACUACUACCACCACUUCAACAACAACCACCACAACCAAAAUGGGUUAUGAUUAUUAUACAAUCCCUUCAAAUUCAUCAACUACUUCAAACUUAACUCAAUUAGAUCAAUUAGAUCAAAUAAAUUCAAAUAAUUCAUCUAGUUCAAUUUUAGAAGAUUUAAAUAAUAGUCCAAGAACUACAAGAAAUAAUUCAACUUCUUCAAAUACUUCUUCAAUUGGUUCUUCAAUAAAUAAUAUAAUGGAUAAUUCAAUAACUUAUUUAAGUAAAAUGAAAAAAUUUAAAUUUAGAAGAUUUAGUAAUGAAUAG